UCUAUAUGUCCAUUGCGUUUUACUUCAAAUUUUCACGAAAAUUUCAAUAUAUACCGAAUUUCAUCUUAGUUUUGUGUGAUUUCAUUAAAAUAUCAGGUUUAUCAUACCUAUGGUAUAAAGAUUUGCCUGAAUUGGCGGUAGACAAUCAGACAUAACUACACAAACGAAGAAAGAAACACUGCCGACACAGAAAUACAAUUCGCCGGAAUUUACACCAUAACGCUAUUAGCUCUAAGAGAUUGUUCGUUCGUAAAUACAAAUCAAUCCCGAAGGUCUAACCACCGUGGGUGAACGCUCACUCGACGCUCACCUUUUCACCCACGGGCCCUAUAAGGGAUGUGUUUUAAGUAUUAACACCACUCGGGUUUGAAUCAAAAUCAAUUGUUAUACACUACACUGCAUAUGGAGCACCACAGUAAAUACAACUAUAACACUUAGAUUCGACGCUCAACAUUCAAAUAUUCUCGGCACACUCACUCCCUUUUUGUCUUCUUACCUCUUUAUAACAUCCUUCUACAAGCAAGGCCUUAGGCAAUGCCGUUUCCCACUGCGCAACGUUCGAGUUUCAUCCCGAUCCGGAUUGAUUUCCAAAACGUCGAUUGCAGUAGCAUCCUUUCCUUUAUCCUUCAUUUCCUUACACUAUGUAAUAAGAAUGCCAGGAAAACCGAAUCACAGAAGAUGUUCUUCGCCACUUUCAAAUUGAGGACGUGGACGGCCCAGAAAGCAGCCUACUGUAGAUAGUGUAGAAGAUUUGAGUUUUGUCCAACAGGACAUUCUAAACGAAGAGAAUCAGAUUUUGUUCGAUGAAGCUUCUGACUCAGUCUCGCAGGCCAUUGACUUCAAUGAGAAUCAGGAUUCAGGCGUGCAAUUGAAUCAGGCUCCUACUCCAGAUUUGUCGACAGAAAAUCUUGCUCGAGCUAUUUGGUCAGAUGAUGAGGAAAUUGAGGAUGACGAAGAAGCUCCAACAGCUCGCAAGGAUCCUGAUCAACCACCCAAUACUAAUCCAAUUUCAGCUUUCAAGCAGAACUCAUUUCCUUCCUGGAGAAAAGAGUUCUUCAUGGAUUGGCGUUAGGUUGCAGACGAGCGAGUUCAUUGCCUUUGCAAAACGUGCCGGAAUUACUUUUCCACACCCUUCUCGUCAAGCCACUUUGGACCGACUCGCGACUCGCAUGCUGGUCACUGGAAACAUUCCCCUAAUUUUUUUUAGGAAUCCGGAAUGGAAAGAAUUUGUCAAGGUCAUCAUACCAGGUUACAAGGCCCCAACCGAUUUCACAAUGAGACGGCGUCAUAUAGGAGAAGAAUAUGACCGAAUUAAGAUGCUCGAAUGCCCGACGAAAAUAAACAUCGGUUCCCUUUACUGGCACCGAUUGCACGUGACAUAUUGGGAAUCCCUGCUACUUCGGCCAACAUUGAACGAUGCUUCAGCACAGCGCUAGACAUUUUUGCCAUAAAAUGUAUCAACAGGAAGGUUGAUUUACUAAAUAUGCUACUGUUCAUUACCCGGAAUAAAAACUUUAAAUAGUUGUCUAACUGUGUUCUAGUUUCGCAAUACAGAGAAAAAAAGUA